CUUCAUUUUGUACGGGGAACUGAGAGCUGAUAAAAGCGGCUCAGCCUGUUAUGUUCAGAGGGUGGGGAGAGAAGCAGGCAGGAAGAGACAUGGCAGAACCAGCAGCGGUGGAAGCAGCUCCUGCUCCCAAACAGCAGAACCUGUGCGGGGUCUGCUCAGGUGAAGUGAGCGAAUGUAAGCCCACAGCUUGUGGUCACUCCGUCUGCGCUUCCUGUCAAGGAGACAAAACUAAAGGAUGUCCAAAGUGCCUUCAGAGUCCUGCUGUCAAACCAGCUCCUGACAAUGGGCCUAAGCAAAAUGGAACAGCUGCUGCUUCUCCUGAGAAAACCAAAAAAGAACAAAGUCAAGACUCAAAGGCUGUGGAGGAAGUCAAAGUAGAAGGAGAGCUGAUGGAGUCUGAGGAUCCCAAAGCCCUAGUAGAGGGUGAGACAAAGCCAGAGCCACAGACAGACCAGGGGCCAGAACCAGAGGAAGCAAAGGAGGAGCCAUUGGGUCCCAAUGAUGUGGUGUGUGACUCCUGCAUCGAAACCCCCUGCAGGGCCUCGAAGUCCUGUCUCACCUGUAUGGUGUCCUACUGCGAGGCCCACCUCCGGCCUCACCUGGAGAACCCAAAGUUUCAGAACCACAGGUUGGUGGAGCCGCUCAGGGACAUUGAGCGGCGUACCUGUGAGAGUCACAAGUGGCCCUUGGAGCUCUUCUGCUGUGCUGAUUCCUGCUGCAUCUGUCAAGACUGUUUAAAAGAGGAGCACAGAGGCCACAAGACAGUCCCUGUGGAGGAGGCUCGGAGACAGAUAGAGAAAGAGCUGAGGGAGAAACAGACACAGAUGGUGAAGGUGGUUACGGCAGGAGACAAUGCCAUCAACAAACUCCAAGACAACAGAGUUUCUAUCGAGCAAUCAGUGACAAAAGUACGAUCUGUGAUCGAGAGCCAGUUCCAGGAGCUUCAAGUGAUGGUGGAGAUGGCCAAGAAGGAGGUGACUGAGAUCUUGGAGGCUGAGGAGAGCCAGGCUCUGAAGCAAGCUGAUGGCAUCCAGGUUCACCUGGAGCAGAGGUGCACAGAGCUGAAAAAAGCUCAAGCCCAAACGGAGAAGCUGUCCAAAAAUAAAAAUGAUGUAGAUUUCCUGCAGGAAUAUGCUGAGUGGAAGAAAGAAGCCACUGAUAAUUCUCUAUCUGGUAUCUAUGUUGGCCUGGAGGAUCAUUUGGACUCCUUCAGUCAGGUGAUCCAGGAGUCCACAAGCAAUCUUUGUGACAUGCUGGUCUCUACAUACAUUCAGAAGGUCAAGGAAAAAUGCAACAAUGAUGAAAUAGGAAUAAAGAUAACAGUUCAAACGAAUACUGCAGCCAAGCAUGAUGUAUCCAAACCCGACCCACAGACGCGUGCUGACUUUCUCCAGUAUGCCGCUCAAGUAAGUUUCGAUGCUAACACGGCCCACAAGUUCCUCCGCCUGACUGAGGAGAACAAGAAGGUGACCAACACCACGCCCUGGCAGCAUCCUUAUCCUGAUGUUCCUGAACGCUUUGAGAACCAUCGGCAGGUCCUGGCUGCUGAAAGCUUCUAUGUAGGUCGCCACUACUUUGAGGCCGAUCUUAGUGGUGAAGGCAUACAUGUCGGGGUCACAUACAAGAGCAUUGACCGGAAGGGGGAUGAGAGCAGGAGCUGCAUUACAGGAAACAAGUUCUCUUGGUGUCUCCAGUGGAACGGGCGAACCUACUCAGCAUGGCACAGCGACGAGGAGACACCACUGAACGUGGAGAGGUUCACUCGAAUUGGUGUUUACGUUGACUAUUCGCAAGGCCUUCUUUCUUUCUAUGGGGUGGACAAUACCAUGACACUCCUUCACCAGUAUCAGGCCCAGUUUCUAGAGCCACUUUAUCCAGCUUUCUUCCUGCCCAAGAAAGAGAAUAUUGUAGUUCUGGUGGCUCCUGGGGAACCGUUACCGCUGAAAAGCCCCUCUCCCCCUACUUCACCAGAACAUGGACCCUUUGUUUCGCAAUCCUAAACAAUAAGAGCUUAAAAAACUGAACUGUUACAUGAUUACAUCUGAAAAAUUGAAAAGUGGAAACUUUGGACAUGUUCAACCUGUUUGCUUAGUUGGAAAAUCAAUGUUCCUGUGCUUAUGAAUUAUAUUUGUGGCUUUGGGACUACUGUUACUGGAGAUUUUUGUUACUUUUUUUUGUUACUGUUCUGCAUGGAAAUAAGAAUGUGUUUAUCAGUUUGUAGUAAAGUAAGUCUUUGUUUACAGAGAUCAGUUUUUCAGCUUAACGUGUUUAUAUCUAUAAAUGAACCUUGCUUCACAUCAUGUUCCACUAACAUGACAAAAACUGGUCUGAACCAUCUCAGCUUUGCCACUUUGAUACAAUAAACCACAGUGGUUAUCACUACCAUGUUGUAAACCUUCCUUUUAGUUCUUCUGUCACAAAUCAUCCUUAAUCAUCAUCCUACUCAUCUCCAUCCAUACCACUUUGCCCUCGUUUUCUUCUCAUUCAUUCAAACUCAUUCAUCUUCAGUACAUGUACUCAUUGUAGCUUCACUGUUCCACUUGUUUCUCUCUUUCUCGUAUACUUUGUCUUGCUCCGUGCUGUUUCUGAUUUUUAUUCUCUACCUCUCCAAAUUUCUGUAGCUGCAUCAUCGAAAGCAUGCUGACCAACUGCAGUGCAGCUACAGAUACACCAUUAACAUCACAUCAUUGCUAAAAUAAAUAUUUUUCUUCUUUUAAAAUGGUAUGUAAUACAAAUUUUUAACAUAUAGAAUAUUUUCAGAGUUAUAGCAUCAAUUUCAGUCUUGCUGUGAAGUGAACAGAAACAGUCAUUCUAAGAGUUCAUAAGAGGAGGUUUUCUGUACUGGUUUUGUACCGAAAACCAGUGCUUUGGUUUUCUGUACAAAGGACUGCGGGCUGCACCAUUGUUACGUUUUUCAUAUAACCUCAAAUGGGUGUGUUUUGUAUUGAUCACUGUGAAUAAAUUGCACAUGCCUUUCA